UGGGAAAUGUAGUCCUCCGACCCAGGAGAAAACUUCCGUAUCUCCAGCUGGGGAUCUGCCAUGGCCGCUACAGCAGCCGUGGACCAAGACCCCGCCGCCUUCGCGGUGUCGAUCCGGCCCUCCCGAGCCGAGGACUGCGCGGAGAUCAUGCGCAUGAUCCGGGAACUUGCAGAGUUUGAGAAAAUGCCUGAUCAGGUAGCAAACAGCAGUCAAGGACUUUACGAGGACGGCUUCUGCCAGGACCCCUUCUAUAAAUGUGUGGUGGCCGAGGUCCCCCCGAAACAUCAGAGCAAAGACGGCCACACCGUCGUGGGGUUUGGCUUGUAUUUUUUCACUUACAGCACCUGGAAAGGUAGAAACAUCUACAUGGAAGACCUCUACGUCAUGCCAGAGUUUCGGGGGAGAGGCAUUGGGAAGAAGCUGAUGAGCGCCAUUGCCCAGAUUGGCGUGGAGAAAGGAUGCACCCAGAUGAAGUUCUCGGCUCUGGACUGGAACCAAAAGGCCAUCGACUUAUACCUUGGCAACGGCGCCGUGGACCUGACUGCCACUGAGGGCUGGCACAUCUUCCGCUUCGAAGAAGACGCCAUGCGGCAGCUGGCAGAGGGGGCAGCCAGCAAAUGAAGCGCGGGCAGAGAUUUCGGAACAGCAGGAAAGGAGACUGUCCUCCAUCGGAGAACCCAGGAAUCCGCGUUCCUUUAUUCACUCUGGACAGAGUGGUUGGGGAGGUCUAGCAGUAGCAGGGCCGCCGCUUCGUAGAUUUGCAAAAUGGCAGAGCUGGAUGGGGACCACCAAAGGUCAUCUAUCUCAACCCCCUUGCGAUGCAGGAAUAGCACCCUAAGAAUCCCUGACAAAGGGCCAUUCAGCCUCUGCUUCGAAACCUCCAGGAAAGGAUAGUCCAGCACCUUCUAGGAGUACCAAUGUUGAAUGACUCUCACCAUCAGAAUCUGCUGAGUCCGAAUCUCCUUUCUUGUAAACUGAAGCCAUGGGUUCGAGUCGUACCCUCCGGGGCAGGAGAAAACUAGCUUGCAUCUUGUGAUAGCCCUCCAUGUGAAAGCCCUUAAGAA